AUGGUGGCUGGUGUUGCAGUCGAUGGAGACUCGGAGGAUCUUGGUGGUGGCAUCCCAGCCGAGGCCGUGAAGAGCUUUUGGUGGACAGGGUCAGACUCGGUGGAGGCGGAGAGAUGGGACGUCAAAGAGGUGUUGGACGGGUUCAAUCCUUCCAAUAUUUACAAAGGAUUCUUGUCGAAAGGCAGAAGAGCCAUCGUGGUAAAGAGGCUUGAGAUGGUGGUGGGCAAGAGUGGAUUUCGGGUGGAGAUGAGGGCCAUCAGAAAGACUUACCACAGAAACCUAGUCCAAUUGCUUGGCUUCUGCCAUGAAGACACUCAUAGACUCCUCAUUUACGAAUACAUGAGCAAUGAUUCCCUGGCCGACAUCCUCUUCAAGGCCAGAACGCGUAUACCUCGGAAGGAACGCAUCAGGAUUGCACUGGACGUCGCCAAAGGGAUUCAUUACCUGCACGAGGAGUGCGACAGCCGCAUCAUCCAUUGCGACAUAAAGCCCGAGAACUUCCUGAUGGACGACAAGUGUACAGCUAAGAUAUCUGAUUUCGGGCUAGCAAAGCUGUUGACGCCGAGCCAGACAAGGACCUUCGCCACAGCGGGAGGAACAAGGGGGUAUGCCGCACCAGAAUGGAGCAAGAAUGGAACAGUAUCGGUGAAGGCGGAUGUCUACAGCUACGGAAUUGUGUUGCUGGAGAUCAUAUAUUGCAGGAGAAAUAUGGAAGUGGAGCUGGACGGACACGGGAAUGAGCUCGUUCUCUCUGAGUGGGUCUACAAUCUCUAUGCAGCCAGGGAGUUGGAGAAUCUCUUACCAGGGGAAGACGUGGACAUCGCCGAGCUGGAGAAACUAGUUGGGGUGGGGAUUUGGUGUGUUCAAUCGGAGCCAGACUCACGGCCUCAUAUGAAGAAAGUGGUGAUGAUGCUGGAAGGAUAUAUGAAGGUGCCGCCGCCGCCGCCGCCGCCACCAAGAUCUGUUUCCUAAGUUGAUAGGGUCAUUAGGCGAUUGUACCGGUAGAGGCGAUGAACAAAGUAGUUUGAAUGGUUUGGUAUUGCUGCUGCUCCAACGCAAUGGUCUGGCGCUGAUUGACAGAUUGCAGACUCGUUGCUUCUUUGCAAAAUUUUCUUUUCCUAGCCCAAUUGAGAAGCUGGAUUUCCCUUGACAAACCAUCUCUUCUUGUAAUAUAUCAUGAAGCAUGUAGUAUCGG